AUGUCCAUUCCGCUGCAGGCCCGCAGCGGGGCAUGGCAGCCAGCGCUGGAGCUGCUUGAGCCGAUUUCGCUCGUACGAUGCUGUACAUCGCCGCUAGGACGUAACUUGUGCAUGAUCGUGACUGAGACGGCCGUGCAUGUAUACGCUACGAGCGACGAGUCGCCGAACCUAUCCUUUGAGCCCGUGACGUCGUUCUUUCUUGGGUGCCGCGCGACGGGCGCGUCUUGGAGUCCCAGCACACAACACGCGUCCACAGCAUGGCGCAUCGAGAUACUCGUGGCGACAGAGACGAACGAGCUGCGUCUUCUCGAGUCUGUGCGACAAGGCAGCGAGGCGUCGACGUCCAACAAAAAGCUCGCAGAUACAUACGCCCGCGUCACAGAUCUCGCUUGGUGCGCUUCGCCCGGGUACGAGUCUUAUGCUGCUGCAGCCUGUUCGGAUGGCACAGUGCGUCUAUGGGACUUAGAAGGCGGCUGUCGGACGCACUAUCUUAAUAGCGCUGUGCUCAGCGUCGCCUUCCAUCCUAAAGUCCCCAAGCUCCUUUUGGCUAUGGAAAGUAGCGGUGUUGGAUACCUCUUGGAUUGGCUAGCUUCGGAUGGCGAAGUACGCACGGCAGCCUCAUUCCAUGAGCCCAUCACUCUGGGUGCCCAUGCCACACAGCACUAUGAAGCACAAGGCGCAGCUGCAUGGCAAGCGCAGGACGCUGACAUGGUCGGUGCCUUGCUGGGCACACGGUGGUGUGUGUGGAAUGUGCACGAGGCGUCGGUACCUGUCGCAAGUGGCCAGUUGCACCAGCCCUCUGUGCAUGGUGGUCUGCGGUUCUGUCCUACCAACUCGCGCCUCUUCGCCGUGUUUGCACACGGGUCCAUGACGCCGGCCGUCCAUAUCUUUGACUCGGCCUUCCCUGCCAGUCCUCGGGGUAUCGACGUCCAUGCCCAGACGCCUUUUCGACCGGGGCCCGUGUCGCUCGACACGACGGGCGUGGCAGGUACAGGUGCGACGCUGCCAAGUGCCUAUGGGGCACAGAGCAUCGAUUGGAUGCCGCGUCGCAUGGCGGCCUACGACGUGCUUCUCGUCGGCGUGGGACGACAUCUCGUUCCGAUUCCUGUAGCGUAA